AUGAUGCACGUCUCUUGCACGAGCACCAUGUUGCUCUCCGCCCUCAUCACCGUACUUUCCGCGGGUCUGACGGUCGCAGCAUUGCCUGGGCCAUUCCGCGUGCAGCAUCCGGAAGAACCACACGACAUCAACGAUGUCCUUUCAACUGGUCGGAUGGAGCCUGCACAGUGGAAGCUCGAUGAUUUCGACAGGUUCACAUCGCCGCCGAGGCCUCCUUCGGAGUCGCACCACAAAUCCAUCUACGACAUCCUGAGCGACAAUUCUGAGUUUUCCCACCUUCUGAAACUGGUCAACUUCUCUGAAGACGUCGCAGACAUAUUGAAAGACACCUCCACCAGCAUCACCUUUUUUGCUCCACCCAAUUGGGCGCUUCGCCCCCCUCACCAUAGGCGCGAGGACUCUCUUAGUUCUUUGGGUUUCCACGACUUGACGCAGAGCGAUCCUAAUUUUGAUCUCCUGCGCGCUUUACACGCCAUAGAGUCGCUUGAUACCCCAUCGCCUUUAAAAGGGGAUGGCGUUCUCGAUGGUGAUGAUGACGAAGAUAAAGAACGUCGCAAGCGGAUCCUUCAGAAGAUCGUCCGGACAGUGUUGCUGUACCACAUCAUUCCUGCAGAGUUGAAUGCUCAGACCCUCGCUGUGAACAUUACUCAUGCAACCAAUCUCACUAUCCCUGGUGAGACAUUGGGCGGCCAACCUUUGCGCCUUCGUAUUGCCUCCGGACCUCCCAUCAUUCACGGUGCGCUUACCGUCAACUUUUACGCCAAGAUCAUCAGACCAGACGUUUCUGCUCUAAACGGCGUCAUUCACGUCAUCAAUCAUCCUCUUUUCCCACCCACGUCAAUCUUUGAAGAGCUUUUCAAUUUCCCCGAUAUAUUUUCUACUGUUACUUCCGCCGUUCAGCGUGUCCACUUGACCAAGGAUCUCGAUUGGCGUUAUGUACCUGAGAAAGAUAACAAGGGGUCUUUCAAAGGCACUCCGGCGUCGACUUUCUUCGCCCCUUCCAAUUCCGCCUUCAAGAGAUUACCCGAGAAACUUCGUCUCUUCCUGUUCUCGCCCUUCGGCGAGCAUGUGCUCAAGAAGCUGUUGGCGUUUCACGCAGUUCCUGAUUUCAUCCUGCAUACUGACUACGCAUACAACGUGACUUCGGACUCCGAGGUGUUCAUGGAUAUUAUUGUUAUCGAGCACAACGCCCCUGAACUUACAUUGCCUUCACAUUGCGGGACGCCCCCGUCCGAUUGGCAUCCACACCCUCCUUCUGGGCACGAUAUCCCACUGCCCCCGCCCCACGGAAUGCCCCGUAGACCGGAAUACCCACACGAUUCACAAGACGAUGAGAUUCCUCGCAAGCCGCUCUUCCCCUUCUUCGGGUUCCAUCGUGGUCCUCAUCACUCAUAUUUGCCGCCGAGUCCUCAUUCCGAUUUCUCUUGCGGACCUCAUGGUCGCGAGCCUUCUCGCGAUCAUCCCAUGCCCGAUUUCCCCCAUAGUCCACCUCGUCCUUUCCCUGGCAGUCGAGCGCCACACCCGGAACUACCCUGCGGUGCCCCUAUGUCCGAGCAUCCUCGCGGACCUCGUCGGCUACCUCAACCCUUCUCCGAAUCCCCUCACAGGCCUCACGCUCCUCCUAUUGGCCCUCCUUCGUCUUCUUCACCCCCAGGUGCCCCGGGCGGAUCUAAUCUGUACGCUUUCAACUACACGCUUCCCACGCUCCUCUCGAACAGCAGCCUUCACGUCCGUGUCGUGAAACGUGUACACAAAUUACCUCUCCCCGGCCCGCAUCACCCCAAAUCAUACACAACCGAGUUUUUCGUCAACGGUCAGCCAGUCUUCCUCUAUGACAUUCCCGCGCGCAACGGUGCAGUACAUGUCAUUGGGAAGGUGCUUAACCCUCGCGCACACUCCCGACAAGGACCACUCAGCAACCAUCAUGACGAAUCGCGUCCCGGUUGGGUAGAUGAUGCUGCGGAUGAUUGGGAGGAUUGGGAAAGUUGGUUGCCGGCUUGGGCAGACGAGCAGUGACCCUUAACAACUCUACCUACCAUUGACAUGAAUUUUCUCUAAAUUUUUCCCAAUGAUUUUCGGCGAAGUGCUUUCAUUUCAUUCUCAUCAAAUUCAACAAUUAUCAUAUGUACGAAUUAUUCCUUACUGUAUCAGCGUACAUCGAAUAAACUUGAUUGCUCGUCACCCCGCUC